GAUUUUCUCAGUCAGCAAAUGGCGUCGUAGAGUGAGGAUGCACGAGUUUUUUUUUCAAUCUUGACUGAAUUUUGUCGUAAACUUGAAAACAUAAAAAUUUUUAGUGAAAAAAAUAUUAAUGGGUAUGUUUAAUAAUGUAAAAUUGUUUAGUGAAGUUUCAGAAAAGAGAGAUUCGGGUUGAAUCGAAAAAUCAUUAAAGGAGUAAAAUAAAAAUAUAAACAAUGAACGAAGAAGUCGAAGCUAAAGAAGAGAAAUUGAUUCCUAUGUGGCCUCCGAUGGAAAGUGGCACUAGUCCAGGGCCCCAAUCACACGUUAUUAUGCCUAUACCAACUACACCACAAGGGGCCCCACUAAACCAAGGUUUGGAGUAUGAACUUCCAUUUGAACUACAACAUCAAGGUUGGAAAAAGUUUUGGUCAAAAAGGGAAAACCGCCCAUACUUUUGGAAUAAAAUUACUGGAGAAAGUCUUUGGGAGAUGCCCGUUUUAAAACCACAGUUUGAUCCUAUCACAGAUCCUUUAGGAAUUUGCGCUCCACCACCUCCCCAUCCAACUCCUCUACCUUUAGUUCACAUGGCUCCACCUGCAGCAGUUCCAAUAGUGAAACGUAGAGCUUCAGAGGAGAUAGGACCACAAGCUAAAAAACUAGUUUUGGCUGGUCCUUGGGACUUGGAUGUACCAACAAAUGUAAUUAUAAUAGAACGUGCCCCUUGUUCAUACAUGCAUUCACAUCCAGAAAUAGAAGCUUACAGAUGUAGUUUAUUAUCUAAAUUACGCCAAAGCUAUCAAGAAGUGUGUCACUCUAGGGAAUCAAUUGAUGCUCCUAAGGAUUCUUUCAAUAGGUGGCUAAUGGAAAGAAAAGUUAUAGAUACUGGAUAUGAUCCAUUACUUCCCAGCAACUGUUAUCCGGAGAUCUCCCUUUCCAUGUAUAAAGAAAUUAUGAAUGAUAUACCUAUUAAAUUAGUAAGGCCAAAGUUCACAGGAGAUGCUCGAAAACAGUUAUCAAGGUAUGCAGAAGCUGCAAAGAAAAUUAUGGAAUCUCGAAACGCUGAAGCAGAAAGUCGAAAAGUUGUUAAGUGGAAUGUGGAUGAAACUUUUCAGUGGUUAAGGAAAACAGUUGGAGCAACUUAUGAUGACUUUCAAGACAGAUUGGCUCAUUUGAAACAACAAUGUCAGCCUCAUUUAACAGAGACAGUGAAAUCUUCUGUCGAAGGUAUCUGCUUGAAGAUGUACAAUUUAUCAGUCGAAUAUGCUAAGAAAAUCAGGGAGAAAUCCAAUGCAUUGUUAAAAGAGCAUGGGAUGGAAUUACCUCCACACAUGACGAUGCACACAACUCGAAAAGUUUGGUGUUACCCCGUGCAAUUUGCUAUUGGCUGCCCUAGACUGCCAGUUGUUGAUUAUUUACCAGAUAGAGACCAGGUGGUAUUGAGAUACCAAGGAGAUACUUUAGCCAUUAAUAGUAGCCAUUUAAAUAAAUUGGAACAUCUCUACAGGCACAGUUGUUUUGAUGACCGAAAGUUCGAUUUAUUUAUACCCAGAGUAUGGGUAGUAUUGAAAAGGUACGCAACUUUUCUUGGAGUAAAUCCUUCUCCCAAUACUGCCAAUUCUGAUGUACAAGAUGCGCAGCAAAGUUUACCUGUCACAGUUUUCGAAUGCCUGAAUAGGGCUUUUGGUGUAACAUUUGAAUGCUUUGCAUCACCUUUGAAUUGUUACUUCAAACAAUACUGUUCGGCGUUUGCAGACUGUGAUUCAUAUUUUGGAAGUAGGGGAUCUUUUCUAAAAUUAAAAGCAGUGUCAGGUUCAUUUGAAGCGAAUCCACCGUAUUGCGAGGAAUUGAUGGAGGCCUCAAUUGACCAUAUGGAAAGGUUACUUAGUGAUAGCUCUGAACCAUUGAGUUUUAUUGUGUUAAUGCCUGACUACAGAGAGCCUACGCCCGCAGCUCUAACUAGGCUCGAAACCAGUCAAUUUAAAAAGAGACAAGUCACUGUACCCGCGUAUGAGCAUGAAUUCAGACAUGGCUUUCAACAUGUGCUCAGCAAGUCUGAAUUAAACGUGCGUUCUGUCCAUGCAACUGUAAUAGUUUGGCUUCAAAAUCCCGCUGGCCACCAACGUUGGGAACCUUCAGAAGAUAGAGUACAAGCUCUUUUAGAAGCUUUCAGGCCUGGAAGGGAACGCGAACGUGAUAGACAAGAACUUUUGAGUCCUACACGACAGGGUAAUGCUUCAGAUAGUAAAGAUGUCGUGGUGCACUGAUAUUUUUUAUAUUUAUUGUAUUUUGGUGUUUUGUUACAAAGUAAAAGGAAAAGCUUCAUUGAGCUAAUGAGGAGUUUAGGAUAGGUUGUGCAAAUGAUGUGGAUAAAUGUAUAAUUUUUUAUGUAAUUGGAUUGCGUAAAAAAAUAUACUCCUAUUGGGUGCAUUAGUUAUCGCUUUACAAAGGAAAAAUUACUGAAACAUGUGCAAUUGGCUGUUAAGACACAAUAUACAAAAUUAUUUUUAAUUAUGGUUACAAAACGGUAUGUUGACAAAAAUAACUACUGUUCAAUUUGACCAAUGUAGAUAUACUUCCUUUAACUCAUACUUUCAUAUGUCAAGAACAGUCAGUAUAAUUAUUGUAUGAAUUUUUAAUGAUAAAUGACAAACUAUUAAAAACAUUACCAUCAUUGGUGCCAGAAUCAGAUGCAGAGUUGAUCAAACAAAGAUGUAUUUUUAAAAAUCAUCCCCGUUAUAUGUAGUUUAUUUGUAAAAUGAAAGUUUUCUUGUCCAACUUGUUCACUAAUAAUAAUGUUAUUUUUGCAAAAGCUUCAAUGUACUAAGUAUAUUUAUUAGGUUUUUAGAUCUUUUAGUACAUAUACUUGACUCAUCCGUAAUACUAAUUUUGAGGCUAGAAAAAUCCUUUUGGAAAUAUGGUUAGACCAAAUUUCAAGAAAUGUGAAUUUGUGUGAAAAUUAUUUAGUACAAUUAGAAAUGCAUCACUCAAUCUUUGAGUACCUGAAAGUUAUGCAUUUUACUUAAUUUUAAACUAACCUUAGAAAAAAACGCAGGAAUUGAAUAUGAAUAAUAAUUUUUGGUAGGAAUCGGAAUCUUCUUCUUCUUCUUUUAAUGCUUACCCAUUAAUGGAUGUUCGCGACCACAUUUUCGGAAUCAAUUAGACUUUUUAAAGUUCCAUAACAAAAUAAACUUUACGUAUAUGAAUUGUAAGGUAAUAAUGAUAGCUAAACCUAGGUUCAAAUGUGUUAAAAGUAGGAAUAAUCAAUGCUUUGCUGUUAAAACAUGUAUAAUGCUUCCAUUCCAUUAUCCCGAAUAUAUGAAGUUCGUUGAAACAAUUGUGAUGCUGUUUACAUAGGUCAAACAUCAUAAUAUAUGGGAGAUAGAUCGAAAAGCCAUCUAUAUGAAAAAAAGCACAAACAGCAUUAACUAAAAAAUGACAAAAACUAUGUAUUUAAUUAUAAUAGUAUAAACAGAAUCGAAUACAAAAAAAUAAGAUGUUAAUUAUAAAAAAUACUUGAGUAAAAUAUAUAAUUAUGUCUUUUAGAUUCUUCUUAGUAUAUGAUAACCUAAAUUAAACCUUAAAAAAUAUUUCCGUUUUCAAUGUCAAAUUAUAUUUUAAUGAAAUCCAAAAGGAUAUUUCUACAAAAUAACAUAUACUAAUUGAAUUAGACCUAAAAUUUAAAAAAAUAUAUUUGUAAAUUGAAAUAUUGUAAAAACAAUUUUCCGUCAAUUUAAUCAACAAUUUAAUUCCGUCUAAGGGAUUACAAAAGUCUGAUCAACUAUCUAUUUAGCAUGAUGUGGAUUUGCUAACGAAUUAGCUAUUAAUGUUGGAACUGUACCAUUGCUAAAUAUCAUUUGAAAAUAUGUAGUUUUCUAAAAAGGGAUUGAUGAUUAUUAAAAAAAAUCUUCAUAUAAUGAAUAAAGACCUCGUUAAAUCCUUAUGGAAAUUAGAUUUCGAUUAAUGUUUCUGAAACUUGACACAAUAUUCUUUAAAGCAAGUUAAUCAAAAGUCUUAAUGGGCCAGAAACCCCCCAACCCCACCAAAAUUUCCCAAAGGUACCAUAAGAGGAGGGGUUUCUGUUUUUCUGAAACUUUGUUCAAUGGUAGUUCAAAGGUAGCUGAUUGAAAGUUUCCAUGGACUCGAAACCUUAGGUCCGUAGGUACUCUGGUAGGAAGGGAAUUAGUUUCGGUCAAUUGUUCUGAAACAUGGCACAAUGAUAGAUGAAGAUGCAAUCCAGAUUUUUCUCACCUCACAUAGGAAAUCUUAGAGAACCUUUCAGUUGAUGUGUAUUAAUUAGGAUUAGCUUCAGCUACGCUCAAGAUAAUAAUACAAGAGAUGAAGAUAGUUUUCAAUAUGAUCAAAAACUAGUUGAACCAGAAUUGAUGCGAAUCAUACUCUAUUCAAGAUUUUAUAGGAGUACUAAAUAUCAGCUGUGGAUACCUUAUGCAGCAGAAGCUGGAUGUGAAGAGGUAGAUGUCGAAGAUGAAAAAAUAUUUACUUGUUACUACUGGGACAAGAACUCUGAGGAUUGUGCUCACGUAGCAACAACGUGACUUAUCAAACAACAGUCCUUCUUAAGUAAAUAGAAAACGCACAAAUGCUUGAGGAAGGUUAGCCUUUCCUUAACUGGUUGGCACUAUUUGAUCUUUCUUCAACUAACUGGACUGCUACACCUUGCCUCAAGUGGUAGAAACUUUUCAACCUUACCUUAAAUGAUCGGGACUAUUUCAUCUUGCCUAAAUUGACUGAUAAAUGUUUAUGAAGUAACUUAUGCAAACCCUAAAACCACCCAACCCCACCAAAACGACUCCUAAAGAGUCCAGGGAGGUGUUUCGUUCAGUUUUUCUUAAACUUGACACAAUGAUAGUUCAAAGCAAACUGAUUAAAAGUCUCCAUGGGCUCGAAACCCCAACUCCAUCAAAACUACCCUUGAAGUGUCCGAUGCAAUUUAAUGAGCUUGCUUCAAACUAUCAUUGAGACAAGUUUCUGAAAAACUGGCCACUCAUGGUACCCUUGAACUCUUCAGGGGUAGUUUUGGAAAGUUGGUGGUUUUGGGGUUUUGUGUCUAUUGAAACUUUUAAUUAGCUUGCUUUGAAUAAUCUUUGUGCUAAGUUUUAGUACAAUAAACCAAAAUCAAUUUCCUUUUGCCCAAGGAACCUUCAGACACUUCAGUGGUAGUUUUGACUGGGUUGUAUGGGCGAGGUCUUUUGGAUUUAUAUUAUCAUUUCUGCGAUUGACCAAUUUGUUCGGAGAUUUAUACUCUUAAAAUGUUUACUUGUCACAAAGAAAACUGAAAGUAAUACUAAUCACUUAGGUGCAAUAUAUGAAAAAAAAUUCUAUAAUUAUUUAGUUAAAAGAGAAGAGUCAAAUUUUUUAAACAAUUUCUAUGUUUAUAAACUUGUAUACAUAGUAAAGUAUUUUUAUCUAGUUUACCUAAAGUGGGGUUUAUACGCCUUAUAUUGAUAUCUGUGUUUUGUCUUUUCUUUCCGAAUACCUUUUUAAUAUACCCCACCAAUAUUUCUACCCUUAAUCCCUGUGCACCAACUUUGAGAUUAUGUGGUAUUUACAUUCAUCUGAAAAUUAUAUAAAAAUUCUUCAGUUGCUGGUUAAAAUUAAAUGGUUCUUAAAACAGUAUUUUCCUCUUAACUGUGAAUGUGUGUACUUAAUUGUACUUCGACACAUUUCUCUAUCGAUUAAAUAAGUUUCUUCAUAUUUGCCCAGUUGAAUUUUUUCUGUUCCAAGGAUCACACUGGAUACAUUUGAAAUUGUUUCUUGAUGAUUAUAAACAAAACCUGAUUAAAAAUUAUAAUAAGCAAUUUACCAAAUUAUGUUACUAUCAGUUUUCUUGUAUAAAUUUUGUUUUUAACUCAUUAAUAUUUAAACUUUACACAAAAUCGAAUGUAUAUUAUUUAUAAACAAAAAAAUGUACAUUAUAUACAGAAUGCCUCCAAAAAACUUUUUAAUAAGGUGGUGGUUUAAUAAAUUUUUGUGGAACAGAAAAAACUUUACUUCUAUUGUUCAAAAAUUUUUUGGGAACUCCGUAACUAAUCUUAUUUUCAGUGUGAUUUGUAUUAUUUAUUGUGGCAGGUUCCAUACUGUACAUUAAUAAUUAUAUGUCUAAAAGUUUUAAUUUUUGUUGUGUAUUUUAUAACUAAAGCACUUGUUUUAUAUUUUUACUAAAAUUUAAAAACAUUUUGUAAAGUAAGUAGUUUUUAGUACUGAUGAAAUAAAUAUAUUGUAUAUUAUAA